AUGAUGCGUAUAAUAUCUGACGGAGCAAAGCAAUAUUCAUCAGUUUUUGACAAAGGGGCGGAGGCGGAGGCCGGGCGGUCAAUUCCCCGACUCCUGCCACCGGCCGGCCCUCGUGCCUCCGUCCCAUGUGAUCUGAACUCUGUCCCGCGUCCGUUCACGGAAAAUAUCCCGCACAGCCUCACUCGUUCUCGCCUCCCGUCCCAACCACCCGCCAGCCAGCCAGCCAGCGGCACCAAGUACGGACUCGUGCGCGUCACCGAAGUACCGAAGUACUGAAGUAGUAGCCGGGGCCAAACAAAACCGCACCGCACAGCGGACCGAGAUCAGUAGUUCGCUCGCUCGCUCGAUCGAGUUCUCAUCCCGCCGCGCGGAAUCAACAAAAGCGAUGAAGGUGCUGUGCUCGGCGUGCGAGGCGGCGGAGGCGCGCGUGGUGUGCUGCGCCGACGAGGCCGCCCUGUGCGCGCGCUGCGACCGCGACGUGCACGCCGCCAACCGCCUCGCCGGCAAGCACCACCGACUGCCCCUCCUCUCCUCCUCCUCCGCCGCUCUUCAGUCCUCGUCCUCGGCACCCAACUGCGACAUAUGCCAGGAGGGCCACGCCUACUUCUUCUGCGUGGAGGACCGCGCGCUGCUGUGCCGGAGCUGCGACGUGGCCGUGCACACCGCCAACGCCUUCGUCUCCGCGCACCGGAGGUUCCUCCUCACCGGCGUCCAGGUCGGCCUCCAGCCCGCCGACCACCAAGACCCAGACCCCGAACCAGAGCCCGAGCCCGAGCCAGAGCCCGAGCCGCAGCCGCCGCCGUGCAAGAAGAGGAGGAGCCCGACGCCGCCGCUCUACAGCGACGACGACAUCGGCUGGGCGGCCGGCGGCAUCACGGGGACCCUGCCCGACUGGUCCGCCGUCGACCAGCAGUUCAGCAGCUCCCCGCCGCCGACGCCGAGGAACCCCGCGGCAGAGGAGCCGGUGGGGGUAAUCAAAACCCCUCCCAAGCGGAUCCCCCGGACGGCGCCCGUCUCCGCGGCGCUCUUCGGCGGCAGCAUGCCCGACUGGCCGCUCGACGAGUUCUUCCGCUUCGCCGACUUCAACUCCGGCUUCGGCUUCGCCGACAACGGCACCUCCAAGGCUGACAGCGGGAAGCUGGGGAGCACGGACGGUUCCCCGAACCGCCGCUCCUUGUCGUCGUCCUCCUCCGGCGCCGCCGCCACGCAGAACGCGCAGGAGUUCUUCGGCCAGGUGCCGGAGGUGCACUGGUCGUCGGUGCCGGAGCUCCCGUCCCCGCCCACGGCCUCGGGCCUCCGCUGGCAGGGGGACCCGCAUUACGGCGACACGGCCGCCGUGUUCGUGCCCGACAUCAGCUCCCCGGACAACGCCUUCCGGUGCUUCGCCUCCGCUGGCUGCGGCGGCACGCAGACGGAAUCCCUCAAGCGCCGGCGGCGAUGUUAAUUAACCUGGCGACACAACGGCUGCCGGCGGCGUCGAUCGGAUCGUGCAUGGGGGCUGAAACUAGCUAGCGAGGAGAAGAUCGAGGCACGGUACUACUACUAGAUGAUCUAGAUGGUUAGUGGGUAAUUAGUAUACGAUCCAUACUGCAAUAGCUCGAGGAGUACUGCUUAGCGGUUAAACAUGAGUUCUGUUUGUGCAAAUGUUGCUUGUGUAAGUGAUCUUAGCUCGGGGAGUUAACGGGGGAAAUGGUGAAAAAUAAGGAGAAAUAAAACGGUGAGAAGAGAAUGGAAUGGCAUUGGGGAUUUGGAACGGAAGUUCUCCGUGCUUUGAUUAAGGACUUCACUGGUGUGUGUUUUAGCAGGUUUGUUGGGCUGUCACGAGGGUAAUUAUGUGUGAUGUAUCCAUCGGCUCGAUCGGGAAACACUGCACGUUUUGCAUAGGGUCA